ACGAGUAAGAUGUCGCUAAACUGCAGAAAUUUCACGACAAUCACGACUAGUAUCGGUCGUAUCGGCUAACGAAGGAUGGAAUUUCUCGUGAAUUUGAUAAGCCGUCAUUUAGCUUAUUUUAGUGCUCUCGAACGGUCUAUAUUAAACCUCCGUUCGCUUUUUCUGUUUUGAAGUUCUGUGAAUAUUUUUUUGAAUUUCGAAUCAUUUUUAGACAUUUAUUCUAUCUUCAAAGAUAUUUGUCAGCUUAAGUAUCAUACGUUAUCGUUAAAAUGAGUAAUCAAAAAGCAGUGCCAAAUUCAAUAAAGUUCCUUUUUGGUGGAACAGCAGGAAUGGCUGCAACGUGUUUUGUCCAACCAUUAGACUUAAUAAAAAAUCGAAUGCAAUUGAGCGGCACAAGAGUAUCAACCAUCAGUGUAAUAUCAUCAAUACUUAAAAAUGAGGGUGUCUUAGCUCUUUAUUCAGGGUUAUCUGCUGGUUUGUUACGUCAGGGCACAUAUACAACUACAAGGCUUGGUAUAUAUACCUGGUUGUCUGAAGUAGCUUCAAAAGAUAGCCAACCAAAUUUUUUUAUGAAAGCCUUAAUAGGUAGUACUGCUGGUUGUGUAGGAGCAUUUGUAGGUACUCCUGCUGAAGUUGCCCUAAUUAGAAUGACUGCUGAUGGCAGACUACCUAUUGCUGAGAGACGCAAUUAUACAAAUGCAUUUAAUGCAUUGUUUAGAAUAGCUAGAGAAGAAGGCUUUUUAGCAUUAUGGACAGGUACUGUCCCAACAAUGGGGAGAGCUAUGGUUGUAAAUGCAGCUCAGUUAGCAUCAUAUUCUCAGUCUAAAGAAAUGUUACUUAAUACUGGAUAUUUUGCGGAUGGUAUUACCUUACACUUCGUAAGUUCUAUGAUAUCAGGUUUAAUAACAACUGCUGCUUCUAUGCCAGUUGAUAUUGCUAAAACAAGGAUUCAGAACAUGAAAGUUGUGGAUGGUAAACCAGAAUUUAAAGGUGCAAUAGACGUGAUAAUUAAGGUGUGUCGAAAUGAAGGGAUAUUUUCAUUAUGGAAAGGAUUCUUCCCUUACUAUGCUCGCUUAGGUCCACAUACUGUUCUAACAUUUAUAUUCCUAGAACAAAUGUUUAGUUUUUAUAAAGGAUAUGAUUCAUAACAAUUUAAUAGAAAAAUCCGAAGAAAGUUUCAAAGAAAGGUCUAUAUACUUGUUAAUUGAUAUCUCUUUUGUCUAUAUUUCAUUUGAUAUCUUUAUUUCAUGUUUUUAAAAGUAUACAAUACUCCGUUUACUAAUAUUUGACUAGAUGUAUCACACGCACAAAGUUUGUUACUUUUAUCUUUAACAUUGGAUACCUACUAAUUGUGUGUGCAUAGCAUGAUUUUAAACUUUGUCGUGACUCUGACUACAAUUUUAAUUAAUUUUAACAAACGCGAUAUAAUUUAUAUUUAUAAACAGGAAUUCCUACUGCCAUAUGAACAGUACAUUCUAGAAACAUUCU